UGAGGGGCGUCACCGGAAGUACGGCGGCCGCCCGGAAAGAGAGCGGAAGGGGGCAAGACGAUGCGCCACUUCUCCUACGGUGGCCUGAAGGAGCGGCGAAGUGAUUACGAGGGAAUUUAUCAUUUCUGGGAGCUGCACUCGCGAUGUCUUUCAAGAGAGAAGGGGACGACUGGAGUCAGCUCAAUGUGCUCAAAAAACGGAGAGUGGGAGACCUGUUGGCCAGUUACAUCCCGGAAGAUGAGGCGCUGAUGUUACGGGAUGGACGCUUUGCAUGUGCCAUCUGCCCUCACCGACCUGUCCUGGACACCCUGGCCAUGCUGACUGCCCACCGUGCAGGCAAGAAACAUCUGUCCAGCCUGCAGCUUUUUUAUGGAAAGAAACAGCCAGGAAAGGACGUGGAGCAAAAUCCAAGACAGCAGAAUGAAUCGAGGGAAGAGACCACAGUUGAAGCUCCUCUGCUAACCCAGACUCGCCUUAUCACCCAGAGUGCUCUGCACAGAGCUCCCCACUAUAACAGUUGCUGCCGCCGCAAGUACAGACCAGAAGUUCCUGGUUCCUCUGUCUCUCGUUCUCCUUUGCCAUCAGCUGCAGAGCUGGAACUCCAAAGUGGGAAAAUCAGUAGGGAACCUGAGAGUGCGGCUGACCCACAGGCCAAGGAGUCAGCAACUGUCUCAGCCCCUGCACCUAUGAGCCCCUCAAGAAGACGGGCCCUGGAUCACUACCUCACUCUUCGAAGGCACAUUAGCAGGGAGCUGGAUCAGAAGUGGAGCAGCCAGGACUCGAACCAGUGCUCAUAUGGAAUGCUGGCAUCCCAGCUCUGGAUGGAUCCCGGAUGGAAGAGGUCGAUGGGUAAAAGAUGAAAAUGUUGAGUUUGACUCUGAUGAAGAAGAACCACCUGAUCUGCCCCUGGACUGAUACUCUCUUUCCCCAUUCAUUUCAUAAAUAAACUGGUGGGCACUGGGAGCCUAACUUUC